CAGCAGACAGUAGUCGAUCGGUUGGCGCGUGCUGUCUUUACCACUUGUAAUAAAUGCCGCGUGCUUGAUCAGGAGCAGCUGCUUGACGAGAAUUGAAUGCUCCAUGCUUCUUUGCUUUUUGCCCAUGUACCGCACUUAGUUGGUUUACGAUAUCUGCGCGAAAGUACGAUCCAAGAGUAGAACUAGAAGUACGCCGAAAUUGACUGCUGUGCUAAAAGUGGCUUCUCAACAAACAACGUCAGUGCUAAUACAGCGAUCAUUCUCCAUCGACAUUUGCAAUUGAACGCUGGUGCUGCCAACACACCUCGUUAUUGCUUCGAAGGUUUUUUUUACGAUUCUUACCAUCAGGUUUCCGUGGUUAUUGUCUGUACAGAGCCUUCCGGCAACAGGCGCCAACUUCACCAGCGUUGUGUUCAUUCCAUUGUACGGAGUAACAAUUCUGCUGCGUCUUUCUCGUAUGUGUGUGUGCAUAUAUGAUAUACGCACUCGAACGGAAAUUAUCCGCCGCUGCAAAGUUAUGCAGUAAAAUGUUCUUUUCAAUUACGCACUGCAAACGUUUUGACAUGGUUCCUGAUGAUCGAUAGUGGGGCUUCUUACUCCAGUGUAUCUGGACUUGAUAACAUAACGGAUGAUCCAUUCUGCAUGUGGAGAUAUAAAACUGAUGUAUUUGGCAGACUGGCACAACCAGAACGCUGGCAAUUUCGUGUGGCGAAAAUUUUGCUUAUGGUUUUGUUACACGGCUUUAGUUAAUCCCACUGGUUUUGACUUAUACAAAAAGUAGUAUUUAAAAUUCACGGAAAUUGCUCACGAUGGGAUCUCUGUUGGAAGACAUCAAAUAUUCGGAAUUACAUUUCGAGGAGAUUGUUGGCCGUGGGUCAUUCGGUGUUGUGUAUCGUGCCAAAUGGAAAGGUCAAACGGUAGCGGUUAAGCGCGCCGAGACAGAAACCGAAAUUCAGUCGUUCCAAAUCGAGGCUCGUCAACUGCAGCGAGUAUGCCAUCCCAACAUCAUCACGGUGUACGGUAUCUGCGCCGAUCACACCGCAAAUCCUCUUUGCUUAGUUAUGGAAUAUGCAGACUGUGGUUCGCUCUACCAACUUUUGCAUGGGAGUGAAAUUACUCCACCGUACACAUGUGGCCACGCUGUCAAUUGGCUGUUGCAAUGUGCCAAAGGUAUCGCUUAUCUUCACUCUAUGAAACCAAAACCUUUGAUUCACCGGGACUUAAAACCACCAAACAUUUUGUUGACGAACGCCGGACGCCAGUGCAAGAUUUGUGAUUUUGGGACAGCAUGUGAAGCGAGGACGUAUUUGACGAAUAACAGGGGUUCAGCCGCUUGGAUGGCGCCAGAAGUCUUCGAAAGUAACAAGUACACAGAGAAGUGCGAUGUGUUUUCUUUUGGAAUUAUCAUCUGGGAAGUGCUGACUCGCAGGCGUCCUUACGAUGAAGUCGGCGGGAACAUUUAUCGUAUUAUGUGGGCAAUCCACAGGGGAAUUCGACCUCCGAAAAUCCGUGGUUCUCCCGUAAUUUUAGAAACUCUGAUGACAAAGUGCUGGUCUCGACUACCCACUGACAGGCCGAGAAUGGUGCAGGCAGUAAAAAUUCUGGAACGCAUAUUAGGGUUCAUGAAACACGAUGCACUCCAGCCGAUAAAAUGGAAGCGAUCUCAACAACCGGCAUACUCAGUCAGAUCUGUGGAAGAAGGAGAUAGUGAAACUGCAUCCUCUCUGCCCAGUGCGCAGCGACCGGAUGAAAGACAAGUUGAUACAGUAUUGUUCCGAGGAAGUGCACCUUCCGGUCAAGAUGUCGAUACGACACGAAGCCAUACCAACACUCUUAAUAUUCUACCUGUAAUUGCCGCUGAACCGGAACCUUACGUGCGUUAUACUACACUCCAUGAGCACAUUCAAGAGCCAGUUAUGGACGACGACGAUCCCUUUCUGUCGUCCCGUUUCUCCUCUUCAUUGGCGUUUAACGGCGCCGCGGAUGAUCAUGGUUUUGUUGAGUACAGCCAUUCCGCCAGUCCUCGUCCGAUUGGGAGUUUCCGGGUGAUCACGCGACCGAGUUCAGUUGAUUUUCGGCCGCCGGGCCAGAACUUUAAAGUUUCGGUACAACCGAAUUCCAAUAUUCAAAUUGAAAUGCGCCACACGCCGGCGAUUCGACGUUUGCAAAGCUGGACUUUUAAUAUGCAGACGCCGACAGCUGGCACCGCCGGAUCACCCACCACCAUCAUCCAGCGACAGUAUAGCGUGCGGGAUUCCGAUGAGUGUAUUUCACUAACCGAGGAUGCCACGGACGAAGACGAUGCUUGUCAUUCUGAUUCCUUUCCUAUACCUUCGCUUUACGCGUGAUGAUCGUGUUUUACUCCGUGUACUAGCUGGCACAAUCAUUUUUAUUGUAAUUAUUAGUUUAGAUCUUUCAGGGAAACUGGUUGGCGUUUUUAGAUGGGGUGUUCAUGUACAACUUGAUACAUGUGUACCAACGUUAUGACCUUUUCUCAUAAAAUACGUAGCUAAACCUGCUUGAAGGCAGCGCUUAAUUUUGGAAAAAAUACAUGUGCAACCGGAA